GGACUACUUUGUAUCGUCCAAGAGUCUUGUUUGAAGCUUCUUACUUUGGAACUACAAACUUUUGUUAUAUCAACUGAUAGCGCAGGCCCUGUAUUGUUGCUGAUUGAACGAGAAUACUGAGCCAUCGUGCCAUCUCUCCUUAUGGAUAUUGACUACGUUAACGAGGAAGACCUUCUUGCUUUUGCAAAGGCACUGAACAAUGACUUCGACACUGCUUCAUCAACCACGCCGAGUGGUGGUGAGUCUGCGGUCUCGUUAUCUUUACAGCAGCCACUGGACCAGCAUGUGCCACCGGUGGAGAAGAUCGUUUCACAGAACGAUUGGGGCCCAGUGCACUCAAGACUCGGUGAUGCUGGAUCGCAUAAGAAAAGAGAUGAGUAUUUCCAGAGCUGGUCGUAUAAAGUGCUUAGAUUCCCUAUCCUUAUACCGAUUCUUCUAUGGCUAUGGGUAUUAAUGAUUGCCUAUGUGUUCCUACGGUGCUACAUUGCCAUAUAUGAACACUUCUUCAGAUGGCAAGGGAAGAAGAAGCAAUUGAGGAAGGCACUGAGAACUUCAAAGAAUUAUCAGGAAUGGAUCCAAAACGCCAUGAACAUGGAUAAGUACCUUCAUCUGGAUUCGUGGAAACACAAGAAGCAUUUCUACUAUUACGACUAUGAUACGUUGAAGCUCACCAUUGGAAAGCUCAACAAGUUCAAGCAACAAGGUGACAUGGAACGAAUCAUGCUUGUGCUGCAAAGCUGUGCAAAGGCAAAUUUUGCAGGAACUGAGAACCCAUUGCUUUACUCUCAAACCUAUUAUGGAACAAAGGAGAUUGUAGAUGAGUACAACGCAUUGGUUAGUGAUUUGUUAGAGAUGAUCAUCCAAGACCAAACCAUUCCUGCAUCAAAUAAGAGGCUGUUCUUCAAGUCCUUGAACAAGAACUUUGGUAGAACUGCCCUGUGUCUUUCCGGUGGUGCAACGUUUGCCUAUAACCAUUUUGGUGUCGUUAAGGCCUUAUUGGAGAAUGACCUACUACCUCAAAUCAUCACCGGGACGUCAGGAGGAGGCGUUGUUGCUGCGUUGGCAACAACAAGAACAGAAGCUGAGCUGAAGGAAUUGCUGAGACCUGAAUUAGCUGAAAGGAUAACAGCAUGCACAGAAGGCAUAACAACGUAUGUCCCAAGGUGGUGGAAGACUGGUGCAAGAUUUGAUGCUGUUGAUUGGGCCAGAAAGGCUAUGUGGUUUACAAUGGGCUCCAUGACUUUCCAGGAAGCCUUUGAGAGAACGGGCAAAGUGUUGAACAUCACAACUGUUCCAGCAGACCCACAUUCGCCUGUUAUCUUGUGUAAUCACAUCACUGCUCCAAACUGUGUGAUAUGGUCCGCAAUGCUGGCUUCCAGUGCAGUUCCUGGAAUCUUGAACCCGGUUGUGUUGAUGAUGAAAGACCCACAGACCCAGAAACUUGUUCCCUUCAGCUUUGGUACGAAGUAUAAAGAUGGAUCGUUGAGAACUGAUAUCCCAGUUGAGGCACUGAACAUGUACUACAAUGUGAAGUUCAGUAUUGUGAGUCAAGUGAACCCGCAUAUAUCACUGUUCUAUUUUGCACCAAAGGGGUCUGUUGGAAGACCUGUUUCUCGGUCAAAGACAGGACUGCGUGGUGGAUUUGUUGGAGCUGGGCUAGAAAGCUUUAUCAAGCUGGAAAACCGGAAAUGGUUACAACUCAUCAAAGGACUCGAUCUGUUGCCUCACUUCAUGAACCAGGAUUGGUCCAACCUUUGGUUGCAAAAGUUUAGUGGCACUGUGACGAUAUGGCCAAAGUUGAAUCCAUUUGACCUCAGAUUCAUCCUAACAGACCCAGAUGAGAAGAGACUGGGUGCUAUGAUACGAAACGGUGAGAUGAGCACGUUCCCAAAGUUAUUAUUCAUAAAGCAUAGACUCAACAUUGAAACGAAAAUACGUACUGGUUGGAAAAAGUACAAGAGAACUCCAAAAGGCCAAGAGAACGGUGUAUCGGGACAUAAUGAGCUACUCAGUGACUCUGGCGACGAAACAAUGCCCCAGACCAGCUUGGAAUACCAGGUCAAACUUGACGAGAAGAACGACGACAGUGACCACGACGGUGAGUACAUCGUUGAAGAGGGAACGCUUGAGCCCAUCAUUGACCCCAUAAACAAUAUUAGAUCUACAUUGAAGAAAAGACCCAAUUGGUGGUGAAAUCAGUGCGUGCAUAUAUAUACACCCCCUAUGUUAUCAAAAGAAACAUCCCAGUGAAUAAAUCACCAUCGUAGACUCUGCAAAUUCUUCUCCCACGAUCCCUGUCU